AUGAAAGAAGAUUUAUUCGAAGAGAAUUUCGAGAUCCAAGAUAUUCUACCUACAACCACUAAAGCUAAGAAAACUAAUCAUCUAAAGUGUUAUGUUUGUCUUUUCACAUGUACAUCCACUCGUGGGAUUCAUUUGGAAUUAAUGCCGGAUAUGACCGCACGCUUCUUUCUACUUGCCUUCCGUAAAAUUGCAGCUAGACGAGGACCCGUCUCAGUAAUGUGCUCGGACAAUGCUCAAACGUUCCGAUGCGUCGACCGAUACCUGAAGACACUCAACGCUGACCCAAUCGUCCAAGAUUUCCUAGCAUCUAGAAAAACUCUCUGGAUAUUUUCCGCCAGCCUAGCACCCUGGUGGGGAGGAUUCUGGGAACGUAUGGUGAGGAGCGUCAAGGAUCUGCUACGACGCUCCAACGGUCGAGCCUGUCUGCACUACUUGGAAUUGGAAGCAAGUUUGAUUGAAAUCGAAAGCCUGAUUAACGCACGCCCGCUCAGCUAUAUUGGCAGAUGA